ACACACAGAAUUGUUGAUGCAGGUCUGGUGGGUACAACUAAACUAACCAGCAGUACCGAAUGACCAGUUAAUAAAGUCAAUUAUAUUAUAGCUUGCCAUCCAUUCAAUAUGCAUUUAUAAUGAUAUAUAAGCAUAUUGUGCAAUCAACUAAAUUGGCAUUCACGUGUGUCUCUAUUGACCCCUCCAAACACGUUCAAAUAAUGGCGACUCACAAUGUACUCAGCUAGAAUUGGAAGCUAGUAGAUAGCGCUCUCUGCUCUCAAUUAGUUGAAUGUAUAUAUUACAUAUGCGAGUAUAAACAAGUUUUUUUUGCAAGUCAAGACGGAGAGUUUUUCGUUAUCUCAGAUGUUUAACUUUGUUACGCUGCGGGUAUAAAAGACCCCUUGAAUCGAUUGCGUGUAAUCAUUUGGUGAAAAACCUCGUAACUUGUCGCAUUCAAAAUGGGUUUCAAACAAGAAAAUUAUUACAACUCAGAGGAAAGGAUUUGGUAUGGCAAGCCUGAACGUACAUAUUUCUCAAAGGACCAAUCUAUCGGCGAAAUUAUUUUUGGCGAGAUGAAACGUCAUCCCAAACUCAUAGCUCAAAUUUCAGAUACCGAAAAUACAAUUUUAACGCGUGAGGAACUUUUGUUGAACUCAAUGCGAGUGGCAAGUUUUAUGAGGAAAAUGGGCAUGGUUCAGACGGAUAUUGUGGGAAUAAUAGCGAGAAAUACAACGCAUAUGUUUGCCGUAGCUUAUGGUUGCUUUUUCAAUGGUAUUGCCUUCCAUUCGCUUAACAUAAGUUACGAGGAGUCAACAAUUGGGAAACUUUUUGACAUUACAAAACCACGUUUGAUAUUCUGUGAUGGUGAUGAUUACCAAAAAGUCAAAGCAGCUUCGGCACAUCAGAAUGCGAUGAUUGUAACAAUGAGAAAUCAUCACAAGGACUCUAUAAGCAUCGACGAAGUGUUGGCCACAACUGUUGAAGAUGACUUCAAGCCAGCUCGCUUGGAACAAGGCAUUAAUCAGACCCUAGCCAUACUUUGUUCUUCGGGUACAACGGGAACACCAAAAGCAGUGACAAUUAACAACAGUCACAAGAUUUUUAACUACAACCCUUUGACCACUGAUGAUGUUCAGUACACUCACAGUACCUUGGACUGGGUCACUGGACUCUUGACAACAGUCACUUCAGGAAUAUACAGCACAACGAGAGUUAUUGCUGACAAUCCCUUUGAUCCUGCACGUCUGUUGCGGGCCAUUGAAAAAUAUCAGAUCACCUGGUUACUUCAGCCGCCCUCUCAGAUUGCAAUGAUAGCCAAUUGUAAGGAAUUUGAUGAAGCCAAUUUGCAGAGUAUUCGAUGCUAUAUGUACGGAGGUGGUCGGACUUCCAUUGAAUCACAAAAUUCUAUUAGAAGUCACCUACAAACUGACUGCAUGAUCAUGGCAUAUGGUUUUACGGAAUUAGGAACUAUGGUUUGCUUGAAUGACAAUUUCGAUCAGAAGCCUAACUCAGCAGGUCACGUAGUGGAAGGCUUUAAGCUAAAGAUUCUCAACGAACAGAACGAGACACUCGGUCCGAAUGAGGUGGGAGAGAUUUGUGUAAACAAUGGUCAACAUUGGUCAGGAUAUUAUGGCAAUCCAGAGGAGUCAAUGAAAAUUAAAGAUUCUGAGGGAUGGUUUCACAGUGGCGACUUGGGAUAUAUGGACGACGAUGGUUACCUCUAUGUUAUUGAACGCAAGAAGGAUAUGCUCAAGUACCAAAACAUCAUGUAUUACCCCAACGAGAUCGAACAAAUUAUUUCCCAAAUGCCCGACGUAGCCGAUGUUUGUGUGUUUGGCGUCUGGAAUCAAUUCAACGGAGACGAGGCGGCAGCUGCUGUGGUGAAGAAGCCUGGCUCCCAAAUACACGCUCAGGAUGUGGUGGAUUUUGUACAACGCCACACAGAUGCCAAGUACAAGCAAUUGAAUGGUGGUGCUGUCAUUGUGGAUGAGUUGGUGCGCAGUGCCAAUGGAAAAACAAAUCGACUAGGCACAAAGGCCUAUUUCCUUGAUAUUAAGGAUAGAAACUAAGAUGUUAAGUAACACAUAUAACAAAUUGGCACAGAAACUAAUAGUAAACCAAAUGAGGGGCAUUGUUUACAAUAUAAACUCACCUUAAUAGUGUACAUGCUAAACUACGCCGCUUAUUUGCAGCGGCCAUUAGUAGAACUAACGCGUCAAAUAACUUCUUGCCACACUGCUUGAUUGUACUACUUGCAAAAUUCUUCAAUAUUCAUUCUCCUCACAUAUGGAUAUUUUUUGAUUUCUUAUUUAACAAGAAGCCGUGUUCGAAUUAAAAUUGUUAUUUAAUUAAUUACUGUAAGAAUAUAAAAUAAUAAAUAAAGCUAAAUAUUGA